AUGGUGUCCCUACGCUCCUUGUUUGCCGCUGGCGCGCUCUGCCUCUCAGCCGCGAAUGCCCACUUCGAGCUCCGACAACCGCCCUCGCUCGAGGGUGACAACAUGAACGAGGAUCUCGAACCCAACGCGCCCUGUGGUGGUGGCGUCGCCGACCUCAGCACGAACAAGGUUGUUGAUUUCCACGUCGAUGGUGAUGCUGUGGCUUGGUUCCUAGGCCACCCUCAGGCCAAGUGGCUCAUUCGCGGCACCCUCGACUCCAAAGCCGCCGGCAACUGGACCGAGAUGUACCCCAUCAUCCAGCAAGACGGCCGCGGCGAAUACUGCCAGCCUGCCGUCACGGCCCCGAAGGCGUGGGCGGGCAAGAAGGGCAUCAUCAGCGUUGCGUGCGGAGCCCCGGACGGUCUUCUCUUCCAGUGUGCCGCUGUCAACUUCGUCUCGGGCGCCAAUACCUCCCCCAGCCCUUGCAACAACGGGUCUGUCAACGCCAACUUCAGCGAGGACCCGAACCUCACCGCCCUCCUGGACGCCUCAACCACAACCAGCCCGGGUCCUCCCGAGUCGACCUCGGGGAGCGCAGCGCCUUCCCUGAUUCUGCCCGGCAGCGGCCUGUCGAUUGGGGGCCUUGCCGUCACCGCAGUAAUGCUUCUAGUCGGGGCAGCGGUCCUGUGA